AUGGCUAGGAUGAGCUUUGUUAUAGCAGCUUGCCAAUUGGUGCUGGGCCUACUAAUGACUUCAUUAACUGAGUCUUCCAUACAGAAUAGUGAGUGUCCACAACUUUGCGUAUGUGAAAUUCGUCCCUGGUUUACCCCACAGUCAACUUACAGAGAAGCCACCACUGUUGAUUGCAAUGACCUCCGCUUAACAAGGAUUCCCAGUAACCUCUCUAGUGACACACAAGUGCUUCUCUUACAGAGCAAUAACAUCGCGAAGACUGUGGAUGAGCUGCAGCAGCUUUUCAACUUGACUGAACUAGAUUUCUCCCAAAACAACUUUACUAACAUUAAGGAGGUUGGGCUGGCAAACCUAACCCAGCUCACAACGCUGCAUUUGGAGGAAAAUCAGAUUACAGAGAUGACUGAUUACUGUCUACAAGACCUCAGCAACCUUCAAGAACUCUACAUCAACCACAACCAAAUUAGCACUAUUUCUGCUCAUGCUUUUGCAGGCUUAAAAAAUCUAUUAAGGCUCCACCUGAACUCCAACAAAUUGAAAGUUAUUGAUAGUCGCUGGUUUGAUUCUACACCCAACCUGGAAAUUCUCAUGAUCGGAGAAAACCCUGUGAUUGGAAUUCUGGAUAUGAACUUCAAACCCCUCGCAAAUUUGAGAAGCUUAGUUUUGGCAGGAAUGUAUCUCACUGAUAUUCCUGGAAAUGCUUUGGUGGGUCUGGAUAGCCUUGAGAGCCUGUCUUUUUAUGAUAACAAACUGGUUAAAGUCCCUCAACUUGCCCUGCAAAAAGUUCCAAAUUUGAAAUUCUUAGACCUCAACAAAAACCCCAUUCACAAAAUCCAAGAAGGGGACUUCAAAAAUAUGCUUCGGUUAAAAGAACUGGGAAUCAACAAUAUGGGCGAGCUCGUUUCUGUCGACCGCUAUGCCCUGGAUAACUUGCCUGAACUCACAAAGCUGGAAGCCACCAAUAACCCUAAACUCUCUUACAUCCACCGCUUGGCUUUCCGAAGUGUCCCUGCUCUGGAAAGCUUGAUGCUGAACAACAAUGCCUUGAAUGCCAUUUACCAAAAGACAGUCGAAUCCCUCCCCAAUCUGCGUGAGAUCAGUAUCCAUAGCAAUCCCCUCAGGUGUGACUGUGUGAUCCACUGGAUUAACUCCAACAAAACCAACAUCCGCUUCAUGGAGCCCCUAUCCAUGUUCUGUGCCAUGCCGCCCGAAUAUAAAGGGCACCAGGUGAAGGAAGUUUUAAUCCAGGAUUCGAGUGAACAGUGCCUCCCAAUGAUAUCUCACGACACCUUCCCAAAUCGUUUAAACGUGGAUAUCGGCACGACAGUGUUCCUAGACUGUCGAGCCAUGGCUGAGCCAGAACCUGAAAUUUACUGGGUCACUCCCACUGGAAAUAAGAUAACUGUGGAAACCCUUUCAGAUAAAUACAAGCUAAGUAGCGAAGGUACCUUGGAAAUAUCUAACAUACAAAUUGAAGACUCAGGAAGAUACACAUGUGUUGCCCAGAAUGUCCAAGGGGCAGACACGCGGGUGGCAACAAUUAAGGUUAAUGGGACCCUUCUGGAUGGUACCCAGGUGCUAAAAAUAUACGUCAAGCAGACAGAAUCCCAUUCCAUCUUAGUGUCCUGGAAAGUUAAUUCCAAUGUCAUGACGUCAAACUUAAAAUGGUCGUCUGCCACCAUGAAGAUUGAUAACCCUCACAUAACAUAUACUGCCAGGGUCCCAGUCGAUGUCCAUGAAUACAACCUAACGCAUCUGCAGCCUUCCACAGAUUAUGAAGUGUGUCUCACAGUGUCCAAUAUUCAUCAGCAGACUCAAAAGUCAUGCGUAAAUGUCACAACCAAAAAUGCCGCCUUCGCACUGGACAUCUCUGAUCAAGAAACCAGUACAGCCCUUGCUGCAGUAAUGGGGUCUAUGUUUGCCGUCAUUAGCCUUGCGUCCAUUGCUGUGUACUUUGCCAAAAGAUUUAAGAGAAAAAACUACCACCACUCAUUAAAAAAGUAUAUGCAAAAAACCUCUUCAAUCCCACUAAAUGAGCUGUACCCACCACUCAUUAACCUCUGGGAAGGUGACAGCGAGAAAGACAAAGAUGGUUCUGCAGACACCAAGCCAACCCAGGUCGACACAUCCAGAAGCUAUUACAUGUGGUAACUCAGAGGAUAUUUUGCUUCUGGUAGUAAGGAGCACAAAGACGUUUUUGCUUUAUUCUGCAAAAGUGAACAAGUUGAAGACUUUUGUAUUUUUGACUUUGCUAGUUUGUGGCAGAGUGGAGAGGACGGGUGGAUAUUUCAAAUUUUUUUAGUAUAGCGUAUCGCAAGGGUUUGACAUGGCUGGCAGCGACUCUAGGCUUCCAGUCUGUGUUUGGUUUUUAUUCUUAUCAUUAUUAUGAUUAUUAUUAUAUUAUUAUUUUAUUUUAGUUGUUGUGCUAAACUCAAUAAUGCUGUUCUAACUACAGUGCUCAAUAAAAUGAUUAACGACAGGUUGGGGUUCCCCUGUGCUUUUACCAGUAGCAUGACCCCUUCUGAAGCCAUCCGUAGAAAGUACUUUGUCCUCCAAAAAGCUAACAUACGGUUUUGAAGCAGCAUUGAAACUUUUGUAGCAAUCUGGUCUACAGACUUUUAACUCAAGAAGCUAAGGCUAGACUUGUUACCUUCGUUGAAUGAUGUUAGUUGACUGUACUGUAAUGUUGUAUCAACUGAAUUGAAUGUUUGCCUUUAAACAAUGAAUUUUCUUUUUCUUUCCUUUUUUUUUUUUGUAAUAGUUAAAGAGGCUUAGAACAAGCUAACAGGCAAUAGAAAUAUGUAUAUCAGAUUUUUUAAUGUAACAAACUACAUGUUAAUUGUUAUCUUAUGCUUUUUAUCUUUAGUAGACACUUUUAAAAGAAAAGACAAUUUUGUUGUGUUUAACUCACCAACACCUGGUGUAUAAUGAAGACAGAACUAUAAUAAAUUAGUUUUGUUCUGAUUUUUUAGAACACUUGCAAUAAUGUAUCAUUUAUAGUUCUUGCUAGUUGCAGUGGUAAUAUUUUUCACAUCCAUAAAAACAACUACCAAAAUAAAUCAGCUGUAGCAUGUUGCUUUUUAAAGCUAGGCCCUAAAAGGUUUUAAUUCUUUUUCUAAGGGAAGAAAUGUCUAUUUUAAUUAAGAUAUUUUAAUGAACAGGAUUUCUGUAUUUUAAAUAGUACUGACUAGCACCUAAUGGGCAGUGGGAGGGUGGUUCAUAUGAAGAAAAAAAGGUGUACUGUUGUAUCCCAUGCAUAAAUAAAGGUAAAUAUAUAUAUACACCAAUAUAUUCAUAUAUACACACACACAUCCCAACCUGUCACACACAAUGCGUGUGUGUAUAUAUAUGAAUAUAUUGGAUAUGUCAUUUCUGUAAGAGUUUUGUUAAAACCUGAUUUUCUUUUGUAGUAUCCACAUUCUUCAUCAAAGUACAAAAACAUCUGUGGAGUGUCACAAACUGUAUGACGUGUUAUUUCUUUUUAACAGUUGUCUAUAUGCUUAGACCCGUGUUAGUCUCUAUAUCUGUGUGGCGAUAUCUGCUGAGACAAGUAAAUGAUUAAUAGAAAACAAAACAACUUCCGUACAGUUGACACUUUUCAUCCAAAUAUAUAUAGACAGUUUUGGAGAAUUGUUUCAAGAUUAUAGAGGAAACAUGUAACAUUUAGAGCAGAUGGAACUAGGUGUAGGUAGAAGGCCAGUUCCACAAAGGGCGGAGGGAGGGAUGGGAUUUAAUAGGUAAAGAAGAACCCAUUUGAAAAUAAAGGUCGCUUCAAAAGGCAGCUGCCGCCAGGCACACAGCAUUCCAUCAGACAGGUGCCAGACAAGCAAAAGCAAGGAAGUUGGCAGAAAGAAAGUCCAGGUGAUGUAGGCUGAGGUAUUUCUUUCUUUGGCAGUAUCUUGGUUUUGUGAAUCACUUUAUUAAAAAAAAUCACUUUCUUCCCAUUCUUAAGGGGUUUUGGCAAACAGAAUUUCAGAUCUUGAAACAAAUGAGCUGCAACAGAAAAAUAAGUACCUGAGCUCGAGGUAUCCCUUCCCAAAGCCUUCACUUAUUGGUGAGAAAAACCUGGGCCCAGGGAGGGCUUGCAGCUUACCCAGUUCGGACUCCUGCCAGUUCAGCGCUCUGCACUCCAUUGAUUGUUCUAGGCCCGGCAGCCUUUUAGGUUCCUGUGCAGGGCCCCUCUUUUACAGUUCUGAAUAACCUCUAGUGCCCCUGCUUCAAAAAUGCAGUACAUCCUCAAGUUCCCAUUCACUCAGGAUACAUUUUACCACAGGGCAGAUCAGACGGUGUCUCUACUGUUGUUAGUAUUGCAAAGUAUGUAUGGGAAACACAGAGAAUUGGAGCUGCGUUGAAUGCAAACUUGAGGUGUUUCCCUUGAGGAAUUCUUGUCUUCAAACGUCUGCAGAGAGUAGUGGACCAUGUUACAACUUUCCUGUUCAUCUGUGAACCAUGAAAAUGGAUGGCACUGAUGCAUUAGACCCUCAGCAGCCUGCAAUUGCAAAUCUGCGAGGCUUCAUUCGGCCCAUAAAGCAAACAUUUGAACUUACACAGAAUGAGCACUUAAAUACGGGUGCAAUAAAUGAAGGGAAAAACCUCAGCCAUUUCUCCAUUCUGAAGAUAUAGCAAGCACCAGGAAAUCUGAGAUUUUUCAUCAACAAUAUCUUCUGCCAGCCCAGUUUGGGGGGAAGACCCCCUUUUACAUUUUUCUUCAUUAAAGUACUGGAACUUAC